UUUCGAUCAAAACAUUGUCCGCGCUCGAAACCUUUCUUUUGAAAACUAAACACUGGAAAAUGAUCUAACAGUUUUCAUGAACGCCGCUGAGGAAAAAGAGAAAUCCAAGGAUGACAUUGCUAAAGGAAUUUCUUAUUUUUGGAGGUCGACCAACUUGGAACCUCGCAUCAGAAGUGUGGCGUUAUGUGACGGCAUUGCUAAGAUAGCUUUGGGAAAUCAUCAUACGUUGAUUUUGACGUUCAAUUCACAACUGCUAUCCGUUGGGGAUAACUCUUUUGGUCAGCUAGGUCUCGGUGAUUUCAAACCGCGACGAGAACCAACGGUGAUCGAUUAUUUUGGCGACAAAUGCGUGCAGGAGAUUUCUUGUGGCGGGCAUCACAGUGGAGUCGUUUGCGCUAACAAUGAAAUCUAUUUUUGGGGCGAUUCGUCGAGCGGCCAAUGCGGUGUUGGUGAAAAUAAACUAGUUCAUCAACCUUGUCAGAUCUUCUUUAAUCGCAGUGAAACUGUUCACAAUAUACAAGCAGAAACACAGCAAGACGAUGCACCGCCACUUCCAAAGAAGAGACCCGUGAUCAAAGAAAUUGCGUGCGGCGAAUCUCAUUCACUAGCCCUUUCCUCCAAGGGAGAAGUGUGGUCUUGGGGAACCGGCUGUCAGCUAGGACAUGGAGUAAAAUUAGAGCAAGUUAAUUUCCCUAAGCAAAUAGAAUUUUUGAUCGGAAAAAAUGUUACUUCGAUUGCAUGUGGAGCGUACCAUAGCCUAGCAAUCAUUCAAGGAGGGGAAUCGUUUCCAACCUUUGUAUUUAGUAAGAGUGAACAUGACCUUCCAUCAACUGCAGAACCGAAGUUAAAACGUGAUAGAUCUAAGAAGAAGCCACGGAAAAGUUCCAAAGGAUCACUAAAAAAGAACCAAACUUCAGGAAAGCAUCAUGAAGGGGCAGUGUCACCGCAAAAAGCAAAAGCCGAGCAAAAGCAUGAAAUCAGCAGAUCACAUGCUGAAAAGAGUAGUGUCACAAGAACAUAUCUCAGUUAUGAACCGGUGUCAAGUGUUUCAAAGGAUGAGAUGUCGAGCCAAACUGUUACGAAUGACGUACUUAAACCAGAGAUCGUGCAAAGCAAAAAUGAUAAAAGGACUGUAGAGCCACAGGAAUUUGAUUCAUUAGAUUAUGUUCAGUGUAGUGCUGAUAGUAAUGUACCAUGUGUAUCAGAUUCAGUUAAAAUUUCGAACAACGAGAAUUCUUCCCUUACGAUCUGUGAUUCUCAUUUUGGUGACUCAGAGGAAACCAUUGUUGAUAACAACAAAUGUUUCCACAUCGAUGCUGACCAAACUAAAUCUUCUGAACAACCACUGUCUGUCGAGCUCCCUGAAUCAAAUGAGAAUAUUUUGUACUCAUCUGUUUCACCACUGUUUCCUUCAUCACCUACAAGUGAUCAAAGCAUGUUGUCUUUCAUCAGUACUGAUUCAGACUCAGAGGAUAAUCGCGGCAGGGAAUUAGAUGAAACUUCCACAGUUUCAAAGAAUUCACUGAGUUUUUACAGUGCUCUGAGUAGUAGACUUAUCAGAUCUGAUGUUAACCUUAGCAAGCUGACAAGCGCCGUCGUUGGUUCAGUUGCCGGAAUGUUCAUUACAUCGGCACCUGGACAGAUAUUUUUACAUGAUCCACCCAAGGCAGUCACGGCAAAGAUGCCAUGUAAAAACUGUGGUCUUCUUGGCCUGUGUUUGUGUGAUACAGAUGGUAGCAAAUUCAAGCUUGUUGGUGCAAACACCCAGGUAUGGUCGUGGGGAAGAGGAGGCUGUGGACAACUUGGUCUUGGAGACACUGAAGACAGGUGUGUAUUGAAUUAAGGAGGUUAAAAAAAAUAUUUGACAUGGGUGAUGGUUGAGUAUUCUUGUCUUUGGAUACAAAUGAAAAAUGCUGGUUCCAUCUCAUAAUGCUUUUACCAAUCUGAAUUUUUUGGGAUAUUAACCCUCCAACUCUCAAGAGUUUCUCUCUAACAUAUCUAUACAUCAUCAAGAGAAGAAGAGCUCCCUUCAAGAAUGUCCUCUGACACCAGUUUGCUCAGGGGACAUUCUUGAAGGGAGCCCUUCUUUUCUUGAUGAUCUAUAGAUAUUAUAGAGAGAAACUCCCAUUUCCCAGCUACAUGUUUUUGCAUGGAGCCUUUCAAUUGACGAAAUAAUCACCAAAGGGAACAUUCUUUGAUCUUUUAUCAGAUUCUCUCAACUUAUCCACUAAGGAAAUGUAUUGAUCUAAGUCUGGAGAAUCUGUACAGUAUGUAAAUAUUGGGCUUGAAAGGGUUAUAGAACCAUAAGAGACAUUGCAAUCUCAGGGAGGGGACUCCUGAGAAAGCUAAGUGUUUGUCUUUCUUAGGUUAUGAGACUGCGUUAGGAGGGUACUUUCCUUAGUCCUCAUUGGGGAGGUCUGUACUCUGUUCAAAGGCCCUGUUAAGAGACGCUGGCCUGGUCCAUGGCUGCAGAAUGGGUUAUUUAGUAUUCCAAAUGGAAUACAGGUACCUUGACCACUGGCUUAAUUUGACCAGGGAUGUAUGAACCCCACCUAAAGGUGAUGUUGAGACGAUUUGCAACAAUGAUUUGUAGCACAACACAGCGUUGCGACAUUGUUUUGAAUGGUUACAACAUUGUCCCAGCAUUGCAACGCUGUGUUGCGCUAAAAAUCGUCGUUGUGAAUUGUCCCAUGUUACAUCACCUUAAGACAGGGUGGUCACUAAGAUUUCAAGUUGCAAGGUAACUACGACAAGUAACUGGGGAAUCAAACAACUAGGGGUUACUUUUGGUUCUACUUUUCUUCUAUUUUCCUAUGAAAGUAGCUGGGGACCACAUUCAUAGUAGUCAGGGGAAAUCCCUGACCCUGCACCUCUUAAUGGCAGCCCUGCUAAGAGGGUCGCAAUAAUUAAAAGCUGGAAAAAAGGCGAAUUGGAGGAGUUUACAAAUAUCAUUUGUCACUCAGGUAUUUUCCAUGCUGUGUGGAGACUCUGAAUGAUGGUGGCAUCACCAAGUUGGCUGCAGGAACAUUUCACUCAUUGGCUCAAACUGCUUGUUCUCAGGUACUAUUUGAAUAUCAUUGAUGCUUUGUCAUGCCGCAGUUAAAAGAAUAAUGCGUGUGGUUGUAUUGAGGUAGUUUAAAGUUUUAGGAAAUCUGAUUUUGGGAAGUUGAUCCUGUCGCAUCCAAAUAAAAAUUGUUAUUACUCAAAACAAAUUUCAUAAUGAAAUAAUGUAACUGCGGGAUGAAGAACUUAAUGCAAAGAAGAUCAUCGCAGUUUACAUGCAGUUUGCAUGCAGUGAUCUUCUUUACAUUUAGAUUUCAUAAUCUAGACAAAAUUACAAUGAGUUAAACUUAAUGCUAGUUUAAGGCCACAUAGCUUUCUUUGCAUGAAAUUAUAAUGUACAGUCUCUGGAAUCAACAGUACGUUUUCCAUCCCAAAUCUAUUCCAGAGACCUCUUAAAGAAUUUUCCACAUAAUAAUAUCUAGUUAGACCCCUUGGCCACGUCAUAAUGUUGUCUCCUGAAAAACCCGAAUAAUUAUUAUAAUUAUUAUAAUAAUUAAUCAUUAUUAAAUAAAUUUAUCUAUAUUGUCAGUUUUGUGCACUUUAGAAGGCCUGCCUUGAAGAUCUAAUUUUUGAUACUUUUCUUUUUAUUUCAUUAAUUCUUUGCUCUCCUUAUUUUCAAUUUUCUGUUCCUAGGUGUUUUCUUGGGGAGACAAUUCCUGUGGCCAGCUUGGAAGGAAAAAGAGCAUGGCUUUACAACCUAAGAAGAUCAGGGUAUUAUUAAUUAAUAAAAACCUUUUAAUCUUCCCUUUUGCCUAUGUUGAAAUAUUUAUCACUCUUCUCCUGUACUGUCUAAGUUUUUAUUUGUUCAAUGUAGUGUUUUUCAGAUGUGUUGGUGUGGGACAUUGCAGCUGGCAGCCACUAUUCUCUGUUCAUUGGUGAUAUGGCUGUUAGCAAGCCUGAUAUUUACGUCUGUGGACGUCAACCAAGGUAUAGUGAAAAAUACAGAAAAAAAGAAAUAUACCAGUUGAUGCAUAUAUGCACAGCUAUCAGCAGAGUGCUCAAUAGAAGGACUAGGACGUAGUAUAAUCAAGGUUGUCUGGGGUCAACGUGAGAUUUGACUUGGCAUUUUUACUACUACUUAGUUUCGUACCGCAUGGCAUGUACGGCACUCCUCAGAUAAAAUUGCCAACAAAAAGUUUGUUACAACAUACGCUAGGACUACAAACGGGCACACGGAAUUUGAAUAAAAAAACUAUUGCAUGCCAACGGAAGAUGUAAAGCUGCUAAGAAGGAAUUUACGCGCGUGCCUGUAGGAAGUUACAAGUUCAUAAGAAAUAAUAUAUUCAUAAGAAAUAAUUCAUAAGGGGUGACAAUUAGUACUAUCCAAGAUUUGCUUACAUGCCAAGACCCUGGGCUGAGUUGUUUAAUAGAUGUUUGAUGCCAUUUCAGGGUUAUUCUUGACCUGGCAUGAUUGUUAUAAUGUUAACUAUGUAUGCCUUUCAUAUUGUAACCUAAUACAGUAUUUCUCUAUGUUAGUGCUAUGCCUAAUGUGGCUGCCACCAUGAACAGCAUAAAAGAAAGCAGGUCAAUGUCAUUGCCAACAGGUGCCAGUGAUGAAAACAUAAGAGCCACAGCAAAACCCCAGGACAGACCAAUCUUACUGUCAUCUCAGUCAUUUGACGACACCAAAGAACGAUCUCUUCAGCAUUGUAGGGUGGAGAUUGUUCGGCUCACUAUGUUUAGAACGGUUUGUAUAAUCAAUGCAUUUGGCUAGGGUUAGUUUUAAGUAUUUAAAGUACUAUCGAGGCUUACUCUGUGCAGAAAAUCAUGUUCAAAGCAUGACCAUUGAAAUAAAAGCUACUGACUCAGCAGGUACUGUUGGUGGCACUGUUUAUUAUGCUGUACAAGGCGGUUCUAACUUUUGAGUCUGUGGAUGAAAUCCUAAAGUGUGACCAUUCAAAUGAAAGCUACUGAGCAGUACUUUGCUGUGGUACUGUUUAUCAUGUUGUACAAGGUGGUUCUAACUUUUGAAUUAGUGGAUGAAAUCCUGUUGUGUGACCAUUCGAAUGAAAGCUGCUCAGAGCAAACAAACUAGGGGUCCCAGUAGCCGAGGGAAAUCCCUGUCCCUGUCCCCAAGUAAAUAAAUAAAUAAGGCUUUAAGUAUUCUCUCCCUUUAUAAGGCUUUUCAGGGAUAACGAAGCAAGUAAUGUAAAUGGAACAUGACUAGCCUGGAUGCAAACUAGUUGGCUAUUCUAUAAGUGUGGUUGAAGAUUUGAACUCAGGAAUACUGAGAAAAAAAUCCAGCUAGCGAUCAGGGAAGGACUUGAACUCUGUGCCUUAGAAUUACAAGUUCAGCCCUCAAACUAUUUGGCCACGCUGUCUCUCUGAAAUUGAAGUCAGGGUCGGCCAGGGGGGGUAGUGGUAUACCAGUAUACCCGAAAAAAAAUUGCCAAAAUACCCCAAAAUACGCAAAAUUCAUCCAAAUAUACCCAAAAUUAUACCCAGGUAUACUUUAUACCUGAAAUUCAACGAAAGUGAUAUACCGAAUACCUGUAUUUAAGCUGCAAUAUACCGUAUACCCGAUUUAAAAAGCCCCUGUAUACCGUAUACCCAAAAACCCUGGCCGACCCCGUAAAGUGCUAAUGAGUAUUUAUCUGAUAGGUGGGGCAACUGCGCAGUAUAGCCGCUAACACAGAGCACUGUGGUUGUCUAGCAGCCAGGUAAGAUCCUACAUGUAUGCUCUUUUUAUGCUCUUAUUAUACUUUUUGCAUUUUUUGCAUUGAGCCAAUCUACUGUUUGUAGCAUCUUACUUUAAAAAAAAAGGUGCUUUGUAAGUUGUAGGUUCUGUUUAAUUUACAGUUGUUUGGAUAGCUAGUGAUUACCAUAUAUCCAAACUUUAACUUACCUUAUAUAUUCAAUUAUUAUUUGCUGCUUUAACAGUAAAUUGUCGAUCUUCUCUGACAGUGACAGGAGUGGCAAGUUUGAGAUAUUGAGUGAACUUGCGAGUAAAGAGAGGUUGUUUUAUUACCAACUGGCUCUGAUUUGGCAGGCUGUCUUAACACCACUGCUUCAGUCAGGUAAUUAUAAUAAUAAUACGCUUCAAUAGUGUGCAAGACAGUAGUGUCUGAUAGCCCGGGGCUAGUGAAUUUUGCUGUCGACUUAUGAGUUCUGUUCUUAAGUUGCACGAUGGGCAAAUGACAUUUUUCAGGGAAUUAAAAUCACAAAAGGACUGUAAUGAAACCUGCUCAUUAAAAAUUGUUUUUCGUGCUAGUCGAAAUGAUGUUUGGGCUUAUAGUACAUGCUAGCUACAGCUUGCCUUAAUGUCAAGCUGUAAAACUAAAUUUUUUUGUACCCUGUUCAAACCUUGCGUACAAAGUAAAGCUGUAACAGUAGUUAAUGUACUUUUAAAACUUGUAACUCAUACUGAGGAUUUUUGAUAAAACAAAAGAAAACAAAUAGUAUCAUUGUAAGUUAAAUUCCUUGAUGCCUUUAAAACAAUAUAUGUCUGGAUUAGAGAUUUUGAGUAAGAGUCAAAGUUUGUUAGAUUUAUUACAAGACAUUCACAAAUAAAUAUAUGAAAAAAAUUAUGUUGUGGUUAAAUUUUAUCCAAAUUUUAAACCCAAUAAUCACAUUCUAGUAUACUCCUUUUGCAUUCGAAUGCCUCCCCAUUAACAAAACUAGAAAAAAGAGGAGCGUAUUCAGAGAUUUUCCUUCCAUUAGAAUUUGGUGGAGGGUGGGGAGGGCUUUACAGCUCGUCUUUUAAAUCUUUUGAAGGCAGUAAGAGAGGGAUAUAUCCUUGUUUGAUGGACUUUUGUGCUCAAUUCUUUGCAGAAGUUUGGUCUGUCUUGGCCCUGCAAGAGAUUGGUCAAGUUUUAGCGCCGAUCAUUAAGAGUUUUUAUGACAUAACAAAGUGUGUCUCCUCAAAUCAGAAAGCUGCUACUCAAAUAGUUUCAUCAAUGAAAAGCUGCCAUGAAUUAUUUAAACACUGCUGGUCUGAUGCGUUUUUACAAGCUUUUGAAAGGUACUGGUUGUUUAGUAAGUUAUUUUAUCCCUUUUAAACGCUCCAUGCAUUCUUUGCAGACAUAAUUAUACAACAUAGUUCCACUUUUUAGGAGCGUUGCACCGUAAGUUGCACCGGUAUCGCACAGGUCAAGGUUCGAAUCCCAGCAAGCCUGAAAUUUUUGCAGGCUUUCUUUUUGCAACUGCAUAAGCUGCUUCUUCAACUGCACUGAUCAUCAGUGCAUUUAUGUCCUGUUUUUGUGUUAAUGACAUUCCCUGGAUUUUGAUUGCCGUCAGGGAAAAAGGAUUGUAACAUUAGGAAUUCGUGGCCCCUUUUUCAAGUCCAACUCUGUCAAAAAAGUUAAUAAAAACUGGCCAUGCUUGGUUGUUCCUUUUGUAUGGGAUAAUCGCUUGAUGUCUUUCCUUCUGGUUCCAGCAUUAGCGAUAAAAAGUAGUUUGCGAAGCUGGCGUUUUUGUUUGUUGAGUGUGCAAACGAGCCAAACCUCCCCCCGGCCCCCCGCCAAACAAACCGCCAGCUACCUGGGCUAUUAAAAAAAGAUGACUGAGAAUUUCAACUCAUCCUUGACCCCAAAAUGUAGAAAUCAUCAUGGCAUAUCCCCUUAGAGUAGUACGUUUGUGGCAACCGAGGGAGAUGACCAUUUCCGAAUUGUUUACGUUUGUCUUGGCAUUUGCGCUUUUUCAAUGUUUAUGUCUGUGAGAACCAAAUAAAAACGUUACACUGUCCAAUCCGCGAUAGACAAGAAACUGCAUGUUAUUUUUACCAUUUCCUGUGAAGUUGAUGCUAUAUCUUUCGCAUAAAAAAAAAAAACUUACCUCAAGUUUAUUUUGCGUAGGUACUCUGCAAGUUUCAGUAAUGGAGUGGCAUUUGGCGUGUUUACAGCAUUUUCAAAUGUGUCAAGGUAUUUGUUAAGUAACUGCAGCUUUAAAUCAUUCAUGUCACAAUUUUUUAGUAAAACAGCACUUUAACCCUUGCGUUCCUGACACUAAUUUCUAAAAAAUGAUACGGUGCAUGCUUUCAAGUACUGAGCCAUUUAUCAACUUAAGACUCCUAAUAUCCACAUACAAAUUCUCCAGACUGAUAUUCAUACAUUUCUUUAGAGAUAAGUUGAGAGAGUUUAAUAAAAGAUCAAAGCAUUUUCUCUUUGGUAAUCAUAUGAUUAAGUCUCGUAACCAUUUCUGCAGACAUUGUUAGGAGAAAAUUGAUGUUGGUCACUAUUCUUUUAACUGUUUUGUGUUAUGUUUUUUAGUGACAUAACGACGCAAAGCAAGGCUGUGUUGUGUGAUAUUUUAGACGAUUCAGCACAGGUAACGAACCCCCUUUACAUGCCUCGAAAGACGUUUUUAACCGUAGAUGGAACCGGAUCAAUAAAUGAACUGUUUGUCAACUAUAUGUAUAGCUUGCUAACUUUCAAUUCAAAUUCUAAGCGUACAAGGUUACAACAAGAAAAGUCCCUCAAACACCGGCUAACAUUAAUUACUAAAGUAUAUUUUUGAUAGGAUGGUACAGUCAUUGCUACUUUUGGUUCUUAGAAAGUCAAGUUAUUUCUUCCCUCUUCUAUAGGAAAUAGUUUGGGACAAUCAUUAGCGCUCUUAAAGUUGUCCAUGUAGAAAGGAUUUUUUUUUCUGUGGUAGUGUGUGUAUAACAGAAUAUUUUGUACCUGUCUUUGCUUCAGGACUUUGUUAGUUCGGAGAACGCCUUCCAGUACAUGAUGCAGUUUCCACUCUUAAAGAUGCAACAUUACCGAGUUAUUGUAGGAAAACUGCUCAGUACAAUACAAAUGACCGAGGUUAGUAAGCUUUUCUUGCAGAAAAAUACUUCGAUGGUUCGAUCAUCGUUUAGAUCGGGGUACACAAGCAAGUCGAGUCACACUUUUGGACCGGAUUUUUGUAGCUAUUACAGUAAAUUCUCUCUUAACCGUCAUCUCUAUGAUUCGGACUACUACUCUAUUAAAAACGGAAAUGUCCGUUGUGGUAAGGAGCAAGGAGAGAUGGCAGAUUCUCUGGCUAGGAGAAAAUUGAAUGUAUUUUUAUCUUUCACAACGCUGGUUUGCAGUUCAAUUUGUCUUUAUAAUACAUUUUUUCUCGUUCUGACAGAUGCGUCUUUUGUCGUAAGUGCUAAAAAAGUGCUAGCAAGUGGUAUUGCUGGUGCUUAUCUUCUUUUUUGUUGUUGUAGAAAAACACAGUGGACUGCGCUCGUUUGCAAGAAGAGGCCGAGCAAUGGGAACAGUUUAUCACUCGAGAUGAAAACACACAAUCACAAGCUGCAGCCACACAGAAGUUUUGGCAAGAAUGCCCUGCUAAAAUAUCAGUGAGUUGCCAAUGGCGUCAAUAGCUCUUGUCAUAAACAAUUUUUAGUCAAGUAUUGAAAUUAAUUUCAUAGAGUCUUUGGUUUUGUUUUUCUACAUUAGUACUAGUUGUAUGUCAAAGCAGGCGACCCUUUCCUAAUAUAUCUAUUUAACCAGGAUUAUUCAUUUAUUGUGUAAUUUAUGUUUAUUUAUUUAUCUAAUUAAUAAUAAAAGUGCUGACCAGUUCACGUGUGUGCACAGGUAUCCCAGACUCACAACAGCCUAAUGAUUUGUGUGGGAAUUUUCGUAAGAUCGAUAAACGGUCGAAGUAUACAUAAACAGCUAUUAUACAUACCUCAUAAAGGGUUGACUUUGUGUUGUUUUCUUACGGUUUCCUCUCCUAUAAACGCCAUUUAAGCAAGUUUUAAUGUUUGGUUUCUCACCUACUAUAAGGAAGAAAGGGGAAAACACGGCUGUUCUACCCUGCCCGAAGAAAAAGCUACAAAAAUUACCUUUCUUCCACUCAAUCGCUCCAAAUCUUCGCUUGAGCAUAGACCGAAGGCCAUCCCAAUCUCAAUCUUGUUUCAAACAUCGGGCAAUGGCCUCAAGAGGGUGAGAAUUUGAACUUAGCGCUUCCGUGGAACCGCUCUUCUCCAGGUUCGUAGUGAACUACCGAUGGCCGUUGCUCUUGGCUUAGUAACCACGCUGCCAGUCAAAAUCCCCUCGGUAGGGAUAGACAGGACAAAAAUCAAUCCAUAGAAAACCAGAUUCGCAGGGGUACCCAGGGAACGCUUUCGCUCAUUUUACAAAGAAGUGGCGGGAAAAACACGGGUUCCUCGUCGAGGGGAUUUUGAAUGUACGGCGUGUCUAUAAGGUAUGCAUACUUAAUAGCUGCUUAUUUACAUUUUUUAGACCGUUUUAUCGAUCUUACGAUAAAUUCCCAUACAAGUCCUUAUAAUUUGGCUUCCAGUAGGCUGUUGAGAGUCUGGGAUCCCUAUGGUGUAUGGGGAAACUGUUGUGAAUUGAAACUAUAGAUGUAGAUGUUCGUUCUCAGUGUCAUUGGCUUGAAACUUUCGCGGAACCUUUUUGCAGCCAAUCAAAAUUAAAACCAAAACCAAUGGUGACCUGGUUUGACCUGGCACGUUUCCCGGCACGGCGCCGGCUAAGGCGCCUGCUGGAUGUCCAGUCGUAUUAAUUCGACUUCUGAUUGGUUCAUUUGAUUGUCUGCGCGUGCUGUGAUUGGCUAGAGAAAUAAUGUUUGGCUUUGUGGUUUUCCCGCGCUUUUCGCGCCUACCACUUGCUUCAAGACAUGAUUGAUUCAUUUGAUGGUCAGCUUUUGUUGUGAUUGGUCAAUUUAUAUUUCAGAUUUGGUGUUGGGUUUAACGGCACUCGAUGAAAGAGUUUUCUAUCUACAAAACUUGACUGAUUGUGUUUCAUUCGAUACUUGUAACAUUCCUUGAUAGGCAGUUAAUCUUUGUGGUAUUUUCAUUAAGAGUAAAGCAAGUUUUUGAACGUUUAUUGUAGGAAACAUUUAAAGACUGUCGAAGGAGAUUGUUGAGAAGCAGUAAUAUACACAGCCUAUAUCCAUCAAAAGGAACAAGAUUCUCAUCUCCUCUUUAUGUCUUGUUUGAUGACUUCUUCGUCCACUUUCAGGUAUGACUCACUGAUUCAUUUGCACAGUCAAUGACAAUAAAACAUACCAAGUUUACGUCCUUAAUUUUGUACUUUAAACUCUUCGUGCGUACCGAAAUUGUAGUCGAUCGCCUCAAAGUAUAAUUAUAAAUGUCUCUUCAAAAUAUUCCUCAUUAAUUACCUUUGUAAGCGCUGGGAUAAGAACGUAUGCUGAAUACCCAUUCCUCUCAUCCAAGGCGCCUAAGUUUAACGGAUACAUGAAAUCAGCAUGUACGUUCCGUUCAAAUUUAUUUGUGUGGAAAGGGGAGAGACGAUUGAAAAACAAUUACCGUACAUAUCUGGCCAAAACAAUUGUUUCCGUUUUCCUGAAGUUAACGUCGCUGAAAUAUCGCGGACAAUUCUUUUACCCCCUUCCAAGUUUUGGUUUGUUGGAAUAAUGUCUCAAAUACAUGUGGUUUACGUGAAACUGUACGCGAGCUUUUCUUCUGCUCACCACCAUUUGCCAAUUAGUUGAUGAACCAUCCUACUGAGACUAAAAAAUUAUCAGUGACCUUUUGUUUUUUUGUCCUUUAGUCUGCUAAACACUUUCAAGCCUUUCCUUUAGCCACGGUGUGGGCUGAAGGCAUCGACGUGAAGCAAGGAAUCACGUGAGUACUUAAACUACCGCUGCAAAACGGUUAACUCGCUACAGCGACCGCGUUUUGUAGGUUAUCCUUUACAUUUUCUAAACUACCCGGGAAUCAAGAGACGACAUGUGUUAAAUCAGUGAUGUGUGAUAGAUACUGAGAUGCACACCCCAACGUACUACUCCGAACACAGACCAGGGUGCGUUCCUUUGAGAUGAUCCGGAUCUGGAUCAGUGAUCUGAGAGCACUCGGAUCAAAUAAACCGAUGAAUCCUUUGUUCAGAGUGGAUUCAUUGGUUGAUUUGAUCUACCAUGAUCCGAGGGCCAAAAGGAACGCACCCUAGUGUUAAGAUUUAGCGCCGAGUUUAUGUAGCGUCAUAGAAAGAAAGAAGGAAAACUUAAACACAGUUUCCCCCCCUUCUCAAACGCCCAUUGAGGGUCAGAAAGUAACGUACCUGAACUCUUGUUAUUUCUGAUUGGUUAUCAAAGGAAUGGCAUCAAAAUCACCACGCCGGAAGAGAUCUUGCUUGUUUGUGCUCCCUCAACUGUUGACAAGGUGAGGCAAGGCAAACUGUAAAUGAACUGUUAGCUGAGAGAAUUAUGAUCCUUCCGAGUGUUUGAACGAUUUUUUCGUUUGAUUUUUGUUUGACACAUUUUGUCGUUUCAACUUGUGAAAAGGGUAUUGUCUUAACAUUAUUCAGUGAAAAUUUUAGAGCCGUUUUAGGACGAAGUACGAUUCAGGAAAAUAUAUUUUUUGUUCCAUUAGUGGAGACUGGACCGCCAUUGGUACUCGGUCAUUCAAGCCAUGUAAAGGUCUAAUCUUUCAGAGCGAAGACAGUAAAAUUCUGUCCUCGAGGUGUAACCUCCUGCUCCUACAGGCAAAUCCACCUCCAGCUGAGCUGAAUCUGCCAAAGUCUGGUUUACUUGAAUUGAACCAGAAGCUGUUUUAAUGUUAUGAUUUUUGUUUUCACAGGCUGAUUGGUUAAUGACCAUCAAUCAGGCAGUUGCGAAUGUCAUCUCCAAAACAACAACUUACAGGUACUGAGUCGAAAAUCUCAUCGGGCGGUCAGUUUCUUACUCUCAAAGAUACCUAGCCUGCGAAUACAGCCUUCUCUCCUCGCUCCUACUCGCUAGCGACGGCCGUAUUCACAGGCUUAAAGACGCCAAUACCAAUUUACCUUGCUCUUUUUUUGGUCACCAAAGGCUUGGAGCAGAGGCACUCAAUCCCCAAACUGGAAGUUUACUGCCUGCAGUAGCUAGGGAGGCGUCCUACACAUUUGAACAGGAAGGUGUCUUCUGUGGAGCAAGUUACCAUGGCAUGUGGCUAAAUGGACAGCCUCAUGGACAGUAAGUAUCAUAGUAAUAUCUCAGUUAACUCCAAAGGCCAAAUUUCAUUUUGAAAGUUAAGAGAAAACUGUAAGUAGCCUUUAUUUGCAUGGUUACACCAUAGGAUUUCAUCCACAGCCUCAAAAGUUACGACUGCGUAAAACGUAAAAGUACUAAUGAAGACGUUUUAUAUGGGUCUAUGAGUGAAGUCCUAUAGUUUGACCAUGGAAAAGUUAGAACUACGCACAAAACAAACAAAACUUUUACUUCUGUCCUUGAUAUUGAAAGAAAAACAUAGCUUUGUCUUCCUGGGUUUUUUUUUAAUUACGUAUUUUAAAAAUAUAAUUCAUCUCAGUUGCUUUCUAGAGGAAAAUAUCCUUUCAGAAAUUUUAAGGUACUAAAUUAUACGUAUUUGUCUUUGAUUUUAGUGGAGAAAUGCACUGGUCUGAUGGACGACAUUAUACUGGCGAAUUUAAAUUUGGUUUGCAACAUGGGUGAGUUCGUAGACUCUAUAGUCAAGUCUUAUUAUUAAGACCAAAUUGGCUAGUUCCAUGCGAGUACCCGCAGUUGAGGAUGGUAAAGUCAAGCUCGAACGAAUUUACUGGACUAGAUUCAGGAUUCUUAAAAACCCAGUUAGAUGUAGUCUUGGGUUAACUGUGAUCCGGUUGUCGUGUUAGCAAAGCCUGGAUUCGCGCUAAUCGCCAAUCUUUCUUCCAAUAACAGAAUCUGACAACAGUUACAAUGUUCCUUUGUUUUUUGUUAGUGAAGGAAUCUUGAUUUACCCGCCCAACUCUGCAGUAUCGUCUGGAGAAAAGUAUCGUGGAUACUGGGAAGAUGGCAAGAUGUCCGGUUACGGAAAAAUGAGGUGACUCUUUCAUCAGUUAUCGUGAUCAGUUGUUGGCAAGUGUUUGUCAGUUCUUAGAAAACCUAUAUAUAGUGUCCACAAUUAGCUUUUUAGCUAAAUACCUUGACACUUUAAUAAAGUUUAUGUAUGUAUGUAUGUAUGUAUGUUUGCCGUUUUGCUGCGGACCUACAAAACGUUUUGACACUAGAUUUCCUUUUUUUUAACGUGUUGUCUACAAUCAGGGCCCAGUUGCUCAAAAGAUGGAUAACGCUAUUAAGUGGAUAAAUCUCAUUAUCUUUAUCGUAGACUUCGACCAAUGAGAGUGAUUCAGUUCACGCUUCACCUGUAAUAUUACAGACCUAUGCUUCUAGCUCGUCUGUAAGUACAAUGACCCGAGAACAAUAGCCAUUCUGCUCGAAGAUUUGUGUUUCCUAACACGUAUCCGCUGGAUAAAGAAUUAUUCAGUGGAUAACGCUAUCCAAUGUUUGAACAGCCAUGGUCGGGAGUGUGAAAUAGGUCUUUUUCAGUGACUUAUUAUCAAGGUUUUGCAGAGUUGCAUGGAUGUUGCACUGCAGUUUUGCAGGAUAAGAGUAUUGCGUUACAAGUGACUCACCUUCGGUGUUUUGUAUUGCAGGUUUUGCAAUGGUGACGUGUAUAAAGGAUACUGGCGUGACGAUCUGCGUUGGGGUCAUGGAUGUAUGAAGAGCGGUUCCCUGUCCUCCACUGGAGCAACAAUGUAUAUUGGAGAAUGGUCCAAUGACAAGAGAUCAGGAUAUGGAGUGUUGGAUGACAUCCUCAAGUAAUGGUUUAACUACGUUUCACUUACGGCCAAUUUUUUCCUCCAUUAGCCUUGUAUAAGCCCGUUCCCCGGAUCACCCCGUUUUAAACUGCCCAGUCAGAUGUGUUCCCUUCUUGCAAAAGCCCUCUUCUAAUUUACUCCAUAGGUUUCAACGUGCUAUUUGAUUCAUCUCUCUGUUUAAUAUACCCACUUCUCAAUUUCCCCCACCCCCACCCCACGCGACCCUCUGAUCUUAAGGAAGUCCCUGCGUUAAGUUGACUUUCCACUGUCGCGUAAAAUUUUCGUGCAUACACAUGUGAAUCUUCCGCGGAAGGUCACGCGUACACGUAAAAGUUGAACCUCGAUCAACUUUUACGUGUGCGCGUGGCCUUUCAUACAUUGCCUCUAUUUCAUUUACGUACGGAAAUAAUUACGCGACAGUGGAAAUCAACCCGUAGCCAGAUUCCCGCCUACUUUAAGUGUCCUGCCCUGGUGUUGUUAGUCCACAUUGCUCACAACAAUUAAUAGAUGGACCCCAUUACUUGCAUAUGAUAAAAAGUUCCAAUUUAUUAUCUGCAGUCCUCUAUGCGAUUUUGUGAGCAAUUGCCUUUGAUUUUUAGAUUUUCGUUCCUGAAUGGUCGUUUUAUAGAGUUUCUAUUCGGUUUUUUUUUUUCAGGGGUGAAAAGUACAUGGGUAUGUGGGAGUCAGAUUCUCGCCAUGGUCCUGGGCUGCUUGUUACACUUGAUGGUAUUUAUAAUCAAGGAAACUUCUUGCAAAACAAACUCAUGGUAUGUAUUUAUUCUACCUAAGUACAUGGUAGAGAUUAUAUACCGAACUGUUGUUUUAAUGAUCGGUGUCUGGAACACAAAAAAUUGAGAGGAUACUUGAGCCGCACGUGUGUGGUUCAGUUCCAUAUCAGAAAUCGUAUUUGGUGUCGGAUAUGACCGGAUUCUACUCUCGUGUAUUAGAAAUAAUUGGCACAUUAACCUCGGAAGGUUAAACAACAUGAUAAGGCAAACACUUACUUUUUAUCAACUCAUGUUCUAUUAUAAAAAAUUAGGUAAUAUUCUUAAUUUGCAAGCUAACACGGUAGUUUUUGCAUUUCUUAUCAUAGCAGUAUUCAGGAUCGUGUCACAUUAUAUUAAGUGUACAGUAGUUAGUCGUCCCAAAGUACAUCAGUUCGCUAUCUAAGGCCGGUAACUGUCGGUCUUUUGUUCAUUAAACAGGGUAAUGGCAUUCUGCUUUGCGACGAUAACACCAAGUAUGAAGGAGAAUUUGUUGGAGAGUGUCUGUUGUCUGGCAAGGUAGUAAUUUAUGAUUUCAUGGUCGAGUGUUUACACUCGUUUGCAAAAAAUUAAUAUUUUUAUUCCCUUGUAUUAAAUUCUCCUCCUCCUCCUCCUCCUUCUCCUUAGAACAUCAUCACCAUCAUUUUUAUCUUCAACAGCGUCAUCAUAAAUGAUUAUCAUCGUCGUCGUCGUCACUAUCAUCCUCCUCCUCUUUAAAACGUAAUCACCAUCAUUUUGAUCGUCAACAGUGCCACCAUCAUCAUCAUCAUCUCAUUAUUGCCAUUGUAAACUACCCCCUUCUAUUUUUCGUGGCCAAAAGUCAAAUAUGGAUUACCAUGAAGUCUUUCAUUUUAUGUUCAAAGUACCACCACAGUCUGAGUGUAAUGCGACGAAUUCUUAAACUGGUAGGCUAGUUUUGAGGCUGAAAAAAGCACCUGUAGUUAAUGGAAAGAGAUGGAAGAAGAAGGCCUUCAUCGUAGCUUGAACCAAACUCCUAGUAAAGAUGUAGCACGCUUUUGAUCUCUUGGUUUGGUUUGUUUUCAGGGUACUCUAACCAUGCCGAAUGGUGACUUCAUAGAAGGUACAUUUACUGGUCAGUGGGGCGAGGGGAUUCGUAUAAACGGUACAUUUCAUAAACUGGAAACAACAGGCACAACCAGCAAAUCAUUAAGGUACAAUGCACCGUUACUUAACAUGACUUAAACUAAGAUCAAUGACAAUUCCAAAGACAGGAGACGCUUUUACCAUAUAUAAGAGUGAAAAGGUACAGUCGAAAUGUGUCUGUUUAACUUCCAACGUCCAUAUAAACCAAUAUGAACAUUCAAUUCGCACGUUCUUUACGCUGAAUGUGGAAGUCGGUUUAUGGUUAGGCCGGCAUACUUGGCUUGGAUAUAUUACUAUUAUCAGAUAUCCAAGGUUGACCACGUGUUCACACAAAGUGAUUAAGGUCCCCAACAUUGGACAAAGACUACUUCUGCAUUGUUAGUACAGUCAUUUCUGUCUUAACGGACACGUUGCUAAAACGAACACCUAGAGUUAGUCCUUGCAUUCUUUUACUCCUUUUAAUCUAUCUCAAUAACCCGGACAUCUGUCUGGGGGCGCUUUCCAUUUGUCAGAACUGGCCGGCCGCAUUAUUGCUCGACCAGUCAGUUAAUGAGUUUGAAAAUGACGUAGGCUUUUCCAAGAGUUUUUGCUGAAAAACCAUCUCCUUCGUGUAUGCUAUUAUUUUAGGAUUUGACUGGAGAUCAGAGUUUUUCGACAGGAAUGGUCUGGCCGGUCAGUUCUGGACACAUAGUCCUAAUCCCAAAGGUGUCCGUCGCAGAGGGAGUGGGGGAGGGUGGGGAAAAGUACCCCACCCCCCACGCCUCCCCUUUGCUCAUGCUACCUCAGGUCAUUCUUGUAAAGCUUUUGUUAUAAAAAGUGCGUACGACGCACUGUUGUAGUACAAUUCUGACUUUUCUCUUUAAUCAUAGAACCGUCGCGGCGGACAGCAAGUAUGCGAUUCCACCCGAGAAGAAAUGGGUGUCUCUGUUUUCAGAGUGUCGUCAGUCCCUCGGAUGUCACGGUGAUCGUGACGCAGAACAUUGGAUUGUGUGGAAAUGUGUAUCGAUUGCUUUGACAACUGGGCGUGACUCUAAAGUGUCACGCAAUGAUUUCGAAAUAACGCAAGAGUUGAUUAAGAUCAAUGAUGACAUGGAGCAAACUGCUAAAGUCUGUGAUGACCUGCAAACCGUUCAAGCUUAUCUCUCGAAGGUUAGUGAGGUGGCUUUACUAUUAAAAACUCUUUUACAUCAGAAAUGUCUCAUUACUCGAUGGAUUCGGUACUUCUUCGCCUGCUUAAUGUUUUGUAAAAUUAGGCUAAGCUCUCUGUCUUGCGUCAUGAAAAUACUGUGAAAUUGUUGCAAUGAAACCUGUGCAGCCGUAACGGGUUUAGUGCAGGAGUAUAGUCAACUGUCACCUUGCGGACACCAGCGAAAUCCCGGGCAAUAAUAAACUAGUAAUGAUUGCAAAUUAGGGGAGUGCGUUCGAUUUGGAGGGGGAGGGUGGUGGGUAGUAAGUGGUAGUGGGAAGGGGGGUGCAAAACCUGAUGGGCUUGUAAUAUUGAGAAAUCAAAAUGAAACACUUUUAUCAAUGUGAAUAUCAGCAGCUGUCUUUAUCAGUGUUAUUGUUUGUCCUCCCACUUUACAGUUCGUUACUAUGUCAUGUUUCUGACUGAAAUAAACCCCAGCUAUUACGGACUCUCGCUAACGAGGACACUAACUCGAGGUCCCUAUAGUGUCCGCUUUAAAGGGAGUUGACUGUUUUUUGCGGAAUAAGGGCGUAUGUAACUGUUAACCUAAGACGUAAGGCUUAUGAUCAAGGGUUUAAUAAGGAAAUACGUUAUUUUUAUUUCAUUCCAAUACCAAUUCAACUUUUGGUAAAUAGGGGAAGAGGGAAUGCUAUAAUGAAAUGACGUUGUAUACUAGCAAAUAACUUGUUUCAUUUUUUCCAGGCAUUUGAUUUGAAACGUCAUCCUCUGGGGCGCCUUGUAAACAGAUUGGUUGAUGUAUUUCGAGCCAGUUAUGUUGGAAUGGGGACACACAGAAGACUGUUACCUCAUGCAGUGGCAGAAACCAAGUCCUUUGUUAUCAGAGUUUACAGCAUUGUGCGGUAUGAUUGAUCCUUAGAAAACAGCCGACAUUUCGCCACGCCGCCAUUGGUUUCCCGCGAAAUGACGUCUGAGCAAGCGUGCGCAAACUCCAUACUUAUGACGUGUCAAUACCCAGAUGUGGGUAGUGCUUUUGAUUGGUUGAAGCAAAUUUCCCUGGCGGCCCGACAAAUCAGAAGCACUACUUAGAUCUGGCUAGCAAUACGUCAUCAGUAUAGAGUUUGCGCUCACUGCUUUGACGCCAUUUAGCGAGGAAACCGAGAGGUGUUUUGUUGGAACUUUACGUUCCCUAUUUUAACUUAUAAUAAACUUCUUUGUUUUAACUUCAGACAAAAAGAAAAAAAUUCCUUAGUGACUUACUAGAUGUUAGGACUGUGGAUUCUCUAUCGUUGAAAAACAAUGUACAAUAUUGUUACUAUACUAGAGUCUUACAGCUGGCGUAAAUGUUGGUCCAACGUUUUAAGAUGUCAUUGCCACCUUUACUGUUGGUAUUGUUGUUGGCACAUUUGAUUGUUGCACUUUCUUUGAUUAUUUUUUCAGUCUCUUUUUCCCGGAACUUCCCAAUGAAGAGUACGUUCAUCUGGCUACAGACACAGUAACAGGAAUAGCCAAUCACAGCACAGAAGAGAGCUUGACGAGCAGCAUGCUACUGCACCCAUUACUCUUCCCCAGGCUCUACCCGCCUCUUUUUACUCUGUAUGCCCUGGACAACGAACGAGCAGACAGCGCGUACUGGGAACAAAUCCAGCUGUUAAACAAGCGAUCGGACUGGGCACUAAUGACGUAUGUUGGUAUGAAAAGGUAGGAUAGCGUAUUCAUAUUGUUGUACUGCUGAAUUUCGUUCAUGUCAUAUGACAUAGUAAGGUUUAUUUCCCGCCAAAAGUCUGAGCUAGCAGCAUCGCAAAAUCUAUGACGUCAGAGAGUCGAGUGUCAACUCUGAUGUCUUUUGAUAUAGAUUGGUUUUUUUACAUGACGUCACAGCGGCCAUAUUUGGUAACAAAAAAUUCCUUUGGGAAUUGAACUCCUUUCUCAUGUAAAAACGUUCUUUUGUUCUGAUAAAUUUAAGUAGCUUAAGACCAGUCUCGUGACUGAUCCCUUGACAACGCAGAAAAAAAGGCUCAUAAACUCUAAUUUGUCUUCCCCAGGCAUUUCUGGCUGACAAGAGAAGAAGACAUUGGAAGUCGGUUGGAAGAGGUACAAAUGUAUAAAAUGCUUGAUUCCUGUGCUCUGCUUUUACGUCAGAUCCAGCGGAUGUAGACUUACCAUGUCAUGUCGUUUUGAUUAAUUGUAGGUGAAAUUGGAAAACAGAGAACCUGAGCAUUAUAUCAGUGCUGUGGAAUCUUUGCAACAAAUAAGGUAUUUGGCAUCGGAGAUAGUUACAUAACUGCUGUAGCUUGUUGUUAGGGUAAGACAUUCUGUGUCUAUUACCACAGAUACUGAUAACUUCUCUUUUUAUUUUACAGUACAAAGUUCAGCCCCAUGGAAAAACUCGGAGUUCUUAAGACUACCUUUGAAAAAAUAAAUGAAGUAAGUCGUUUUAAAGAAACUAGAGUUUUUUUUCCUCCAAACAUGUCUUACCGAUUAUUUUUCCAAAUUGUAAUUUUGUUUGCCUUGCCUCUUCUUUCAGGAAGUGACGUCAUUUUGGCAAGGCGAGAAGAAGCUAGUCUCUCUUGAUGAUUUAUUUCCGGUUUUUCAGUUUGUGGUCAUCAGAGCAAGGUAUAAGGAAAAAGGUUUAAACAGUAUUGUUUUGACUGGUCCUGUGAUUAAUCAAAAUUUUGGCCCACUUGAUACUAAAAACGUCCGAUCUCUUUGUUUGCUUAGCUCUGCUUAGCCCUUAUGCAGCGUCUCCUGAAGCCUUCUCGGUCAAUGCAUAUCGGUGACGAUCCGUGACAAACGGCCAAAAAUUCGAAACGCAAUGGCCGCGCGCAAUGAUGUUUGCUAGGGACUAGGCAGUUUGUUUGAGAUGAAUGUAGUCAUUUACACUGCAAAGCAAAUUACAAACUUAAGCGAUAGGAAACAUCAUACCUAAAAAGUGCUUCAUGGUGACGUAUGUUGAAAAUGCGUGCCCCAAAACAGUCCCACAAUGCACUUUGACAAAAAUCUCGACCUGUUCUUCCGCUCAACCUCAAAGUGGCGAAUUGAUGUCUUGUACCACACCACCCCUCCGAGAUAACCACCCCUACCGCUUGACCAAACUAGAAUAAAUCACCCCUCACAAUUUCAAGAGAAGUUCUUUCUCGUACCUUGUUUGGCCAAGUCAAGAAUCAAUAUGCAAGUUUUGAAUAAUAAAAAAAUUGGAUCAUAAGCCAUUAUUUUGCCCUAAGUGAGAAGUAAGUGUUAAUGUUAGCGUAAGGGAGGGAUAGGUGGGCAGUUCCCCAGAAAUCUAAAUUGAUCUAAAAAAAUUUAUAGUUGGCUCCCAGACUGAGGAGCUAGUCGCCUCAUGUAGUGUAAUUUAAGACGGUCUUGGACUCGGAAUUCCACGCUGGGAAUUCCGGAUUCCAGUCGAAUUGUUAAUUCCUUGAGCUGGAUUGCGGAUUGCAAAAGCAAAGAUUUCCCGCAUUCUGGAAUCGGACUGAGUAACCUUACGAUGGGCGAGGAGGAUAAAAAAGGAAAUACCAUUGAGUUUCGGGCCCCAGAAACAAGUUAUAUUUGUAUAAAAUGGAAAGUGGCCUUUUCGCCGAACCUGAGGAAAAAAAGCAGUUACUAAUCACCUCUUCCUCUCUUUUGGCCGAAGUUAAGAUAAACUUAAGAACGCUUAUUCCAGGAAUCACAAUACAGAUGAUUAUUUGUUUGUCCUACAGGAUUCCUCACCUGGGAUCAGAGAUUCACUUUAUUGAUGACAUGGUUGACAGUCACAUGCAAAUUGGAGAGCAGGGUCACAUGUUUACAACCCUCAAGGUAAAUAUCAGCGUCUAAUCAUGGAGCGUUUUCACAUGACGUCACGUCGGCCCACCUGAUUGGUGUCAUGAAACAAUGAAACGGCGGCCAUGUUGGUGUCCAGUCUCAUGGUAGUUGUACCUUGUUCUUUUGUAAAAAAUUAUGUGCUGCUGGUCACCACUCGCGAUGCCAUCAGCUAUGCAAGUUUAUUGCUACAAAAGAAAGCGGUUACAUAGUGAGAGUUUAACUCCCACAGGACUUGUUUAAGACACCAAAAUGGCCGCCCUUUACAACAUGGCGGACGUGACGCCAUGUGGAAAAGCUCUAUACCCUGGGUAAAAGUUAUCCUUCUCUCAAGAAACCGGGUCAGGUGACAUAUGUCAGCGUGGAAACCAACGCAUACAAUGCGACUUCCGAGUGACUGCUCAUACGCGAAGGAUUUAAGGUCAAGCGACCUUUUGCCUUUAAACCACUUAUACAUGGCCUUAUUUGAUGUUUUUCUUUUUUUUUCGUCAACAGGCUUCAUUUUUCCAGAUUCAAAAUGAAAAAGGCUGAGUAAGCAGCUGUCCAAAGGAACCUUCCUGUCGCUGAUGGCUGAUAAUUAUUACGCUGAACAUGCGCAGAGCAUACGUCUCACAUUAACACCGAACGCUGGCUAUGCAUUGUGCCUUACACUUCCGAAGAAGAAAUCGCGCCUUAGCAUGUGCCUUUGCAAGCUUUACGAUAUCUUUAUUCAGUAUCCCGCCAAAUGCGGCGCUGGAGACAUUUAGGGGCUCUUUACAUAGUG